GCCCAAAAUAUAGGUCGGCUUUGGCGGCUCUCGCUUCGGUGUCUAUAAAUAGGUACAAACCCUAAACGUUCUUCAUUAGAUUCAGAUCUUGUUAUUUUCAAGUAUUUUGGUUUCAAGAAUUCGCUGCCUAUCAAGAUGCAAAUCUUCGUCAAAACCCUAACUGGAAAGACCAUCACUCUAGAGGUGGAAAGCUCCGAUACAAUUGACAAUGUAAAAGCCAAGAUACAAGACAAAGAAGGAAUUCCACCAGACCAACAAAGGCUGAUCUUUGCUGGAAAGCAACUUGAAGAUGGUCGGACCCUUGCUGAUUAUAACAUCCAGAAGGAGUCCACCCUCCACUUGGUUCUCCGUCUCCGUGGAGGCAUGCAAAUCUUUGUCAAAACUCUCACAGGGAAAACCAUUACCCUUGAGGUUGAGAGCUCUGACACGAUUGACAAUGUCAAGGCCAAGAUCCAAGAUAAGGAGGGAAUUCCCCCGGACCAGCAGAGAUUAAUUUUUGCUGGCAAACAGCUUGAAGAUGGCAGAACCCUUGCAGAUUACAACAUCCAGAAGGAAAGCACACUUCACUUGGUGCUAAGGCUCCGCGGAGGCAUGCAAAUUUUUGUGAAGACCCUUACCGGGAAGACUAUAACGCUCGAGGUGGAAAGUUCUGACACUAUUGAUAACGUGAAGGCAAAAAUCCAGGACAAAGAAGGCAUUCCCCCAGAUCAGCAGAGAUUAAUUUUUGCUGGCAAACAGCUAGAAGAUGGCAGAACACUUGCAGAUUACAAUAUCCAGAAGGAAAGCACCCUUCACUUGGUGCUAAGGCUCCGUGGAGGCAUGCAAAUUUUUGUGAAAACCCUUACCGGGAAGACUAUAACACUCGAGGUGGAAAGUUCUGACACUAUUGACAACGUCAAGGCAAAAAUCCAGGACAAAGAGGGCAUUCCCCCUGACCAGCAGAGAUUGAUUUUCGCUGGCAAACAGCUAGAAGAUGGCAGAACUCUUGCGGAUUACAAUAUCCAGAAGGAAAGCACCCUUCACUUGGUGCUAAGACUCCGUGGAGGCAUGCAAAUAUUUGUGAAGACCCUUACUGGGAAGACUAUAACACUCGAGGUGGAAAGUUCGGACACUAUUGAUAACGUCAAGGCUAAAAUCCAGGACAAAGAGGGCAUUCCCCCUGAUCAGCAGAGGCUUAUUUUUGCUGGGAAGCAGCUUGAGGAUGGCCGCACCCUUGCUGAUUACAACAUUCAGAAGGAGUCAACCCUUCAUUUGGUGUUGAGGCUGCGUGGUGGUAUGCAGGUCUUUGUGAAAACUCUUACUGGGAAGACAAUAACGCUGGAGGUUGAGAGCUCAGACACAAUCGACAAUGUGAAGGCUAAGAUCCAGGACAAGGAGGGGAUCCCACCAGAUCAGCAGAGGCUGAUCUUUGCUGGCAAGCAACUCGAGGAUGGAAGGACCUUGGCUGAUUACAACAUUCAGAAGGAAUCCACCCUUCACUUGGUCUUGAGGCUUCGGGGUGGUAUGCAGAUUUUUGUGAAAACCCUCACUGGGAAGACAAUCACUCUCGAGGUCGAGAACUCCGACACCAUUGAUAAUGUGAAGGCCAAGAUCCAGGACAAGGAGGGUAUUCCUCCAGACCAGCAGAGGCUAAUCUUUGCUGGUAAGCAGCUUGAAGAUGGACGUACAUUGGCUGAUUACAACAUUCAGAAGGAAUCUACCCUUCACUUGGUGUUGAGGCUUCGUGGUGGUAUGCAAAUAUUCGUCAAAACGCUCACCGGGAAGACUAUUACCCUCGAGGUGGAGAGCUCUGACACCAUAGAUAAUGUCAAGGCUAAGAUCCAGGACAAGGAGGGGAUCCCACCAGACCAGCAGAGGUUGAUCUUUGCCGGAAAGCAGCUGGAGGAUGGAAGGACUUUGGCUGAUUACAAUAUCCAGAAGGAAUCUACCCUUCACCUUGUUCUCCGUCUCAGAGGCGGUUUCUGAAUGUUUUAGUCUUCUUGAAUGUUCCAAACUCCAUGCUUACUUUUGCUUCAAACUUUUAUGCAUGUUUUUUCUUUAUAAUGAUUGGUCUGUAAGCCUGUUAAGGCGUAUGAAGUUUUAUGGUGAUGUGUUUUAGUAUAUGAAUAAAACUCGUGUUUAAAGUUUA